AUGGCCCCCUUCAACCCCGAACCCUUCUCCAUGAGAGAAAAACUAGGCCGUACACUACAUACAGGCUACAUGGGUAGCACACACUACGAACUCAUCAGCCUCGUAGAAGAACACUACAACCCCUACCGACACGACAUGACCGGUGUGUUUGAGGCGUGUCGAGUCGAUACUCAUACCAAUGAGAGGACCAAUUGUGUUCUUAUGAUUUGUGAACAAUUAAAUCCAGGCCUCUUAGCCCCCAACAUCCCACGUGAACCAUGCAGGGAUGAGUAUGAUCGAGAAGCGACCUACUACGCUAACGAAGCCAUCUUCGAAACAGUCUUCAACCCUUAUUACCACGAGGAUCACGAGAUCAUUGAAGGCAUAGACGAAACCCAAGACCAUACCGGCGCCUAUCCAGGUGGUUAUCUAGACAUCUUCUCCGGUACAAGACCAUCAGGCACAAGGCCCGUGUCAACGAUCUUAUCGGACCUGGAAGAAGAGGAUCUGUUUGAGAUUAAGCGUUUUUUGUUGAUUCUCUUGGCCCGGGUUGGUUAUGUUUUGAAGGAUGAGUGUGUGCUUUGGUAUGAUCCGGUGAAGAAAUACGUAUGGGUACAGGGGGAAACAGUUAAGGGUCAUAACCAUGAUCACGAUCACGAUCACCACCACCACCAUCACCAUCACCAUCACCACCACGACAGCGACAGCGACGGAGACGGAGACGGCGACAACGACCCCAAAAACCCAACUCCAUCCCCUCCCAAACCACCCGAGCCGAACCCAACAUUCGAAGAAUUCUGGUCCUCUUUCGUAACGAAAUGGCAACAUGCUCGAAUCAAAAGCGGGAAACCCAGCAACGUCCCUGCCUCCAUGCAACUAUGUUUCAGGAAUCGUGUCAAUGCUAACAGCACCCAUGAUUUCUCGGAUUCAUCAGCCUCUCCUUCAGGGGAGGAGACGGAGUGGACUAUGGUUGACGAUGCGUCUGGUUAG